CUAAGUCGUAGUGGGGGCGGGGCGGGGCGCGUCGUCGAGGAAUCGCGAAGUUAUCGUCGCAGGUUGCAACAUCACACGUCUAGAACGUCGCCAUCACACUCAACAUGGUGCUCGCACUAGCAUUGAAAGCAGAACUCAAUGGGGUAACCGACCUCCGCCCCAACGACACCGAAGAAGCACCUUUCUUCUAUACCUUCAAAGUUCAAUGCACGUCAUGUCGCGAGAUCCACCCCAAUUUCGUAACAGUCAACCGAUUUGAGAUGAACGAGCAAAGCGGCAGUAAAGGCGAGGCAAACUUCGUAUGGAAAUGCAAGAACUGCAAGAGGGAGCACUCGGCCAACGUCAAAGCUGCGCCCGCAUCGUAUCCGCAAAGUGAUCCGCCCAAGAUGGUCAACAUACUCGAGUUCGACUGCAGAGGGUUGGAGUUCACUGAAUUCAAAGCUGAAGGCGAAUUCCUUGCCACGGGUAUUGAAUCCGGCACCAAGUUUUCAGGCAUAGAGCUACCUGAUGGUGAAUGGUACGAUUACGAUGAGAAAGCUGGUGAGGAGGUCAGCAUCACAAAUGUACAAUGGGAGAUUCGUCGUGCAUGAAGAUAUCUUGUGUAAGCUGGUAAAUUGGUAGAGCUCUACUCCAACCUAUAUCACAAGCUACCCGUCCCUACCCCUAUCCAACUCCUAGAAACCAAUAAAUCUUCCUCCACCCGCACUUGGCGCACUAUACCGGUCUAUCAGCCUAAUCACUAAAUCUCUCAUACGUACACUGUUCGAGAAUCCACUGUUAGAAAUAUGAAAGACUGGAAAAACGACUCAAUACACUCUCUGCGUAAAGGAUGCAUAGCAGAGU